AUGCUACGGUCAAAGUCUAUCUUCACGAUCUUGCUAACCUUGAGCUUUUUAUCUGAAAAGGCUAAAGCUCAAGGAUUUUGGUGGUGGCGCCAACCAACAGAACAGAUAAUCAUCGGCUAUGCACAACUUCCCGAAGAGCAGGCUAAGCGCAUCAAUCAAAGCAACAAGCUCUAUGUAGACGAAUCCCCAUACCUUAAUCGAUUAGGACUUGGCUUUUAUCUAAUAAACGACCCUAGGGUCUGGCUAGGUAAAGAAGGGGGUUGGUAUUGUGCUAUCAAAGCGAAUGAGAGUAAGAUGAGAAAUAUUGAAAAAGUCUAUAUCCCGAAAUCUUAUGAACAAAAGAUUUGGAAUCGUGUUGAGCAAGUAAAUUUAUGGGGCGGAACCGAAGAAGUCAUUGUGGAUUACAUUGAAUUCGAGUCAAAGCCAAAAAUAUUACAGCCCGAAAAAGCGCUGCGCUUCUCCCUCAAUUGGCAGAUGCAAAUGCUUAUUCCAACGAAAGUGGUAGAUAACGGUGAUUUGGAUUUAUGGGGUAAAUGCUUUCGAUCUGAGAAUGAGCUGAAGCAAUUUUCGUAUAAUAUUAUUGAUUGGGAAUCUUGGAAUAUUAAAGGAGAUCGUGGAAAACCGGUCUAUGAUCCUGUUUUUAGGUUCGGAAAAGGGGGGGAGGUCACUUGGUGGUAG